AUAUUCUCAUUGAACAUUGAUUAUUGAAAUUCUUAGUGAUAGGAAUUACUGUAUUCUAGCAGUCUCCUCGCUUAUGAUAGGUUCAUAUCAUUAUUAAUAGCCACUAAAAAUGGAUAAAUAUUAAUUACAUAUAGGUUAUUUCAUCCUCUACACAAAAGUAAGCUGACCAAUUCAACUAAUUUUUGGAAAAAUUUUAUGUAAAAACUCUGUGAUUCAAGAAUAUCAGAAGUUGAUGCAGAUUUCAUAUUUUUUGUUAGAUAGUUAUUAUAAACAAAAUUGAAUUCAAAGUAGGGACUUUUUUAUUUUUUGUUAUAACCCAAACAAUAAAACAAUAGGAACAAGAUGUUAUAUUAUUACCAUUUAAAUGGGAAGAGAAAUAUCUAUUUCAGCUUUCUUUACACAUUAAAUAUCUGUUUGGAUAAUUUAUCUAAUACUUUAUUUAAUUUUUGA